GGAAUCUCAAAACUGAUCUCGACGAUUGCCGACCAUUUCGCCCUCGAACGACUUCCCAACUUUGGAGCUCCGCCACAACCGCGUCCUCGGCCGUUUCUUCGACAACCCAAUCCAACCCGCAGAAACGAAAUCAUGGCUGCUGUCCAGGGAGCUAUUUCGAAGCGCCGCAAGUUCGUCGCCGACGGUGUCUUCUAUGCCGAGUUGAACGAGUUCUUCCAGCGCGAGCUGGCUGAGGAGGGCUACUCGGGUGUCGAAGUCCGUGUCACUCCCACCGUCACCGACAUCAUCAUCCGUGCCACCCACACCCAGGAGGUUCUUGGAGAGCAGGGUCGCCGCAUCCGCGAGUUGACCUCUCUCAUCCAGAAGCGCUUCAAGUUCCCCGAGAACUCCGUCUCCCUCUAUGCCGCCAAGGUCCAGAACCGCGGUCUCUCCGCCGUCGCUCAGUGCGAGUCCCUCCGCUACAAGCUCCUCAACGGUCUGGCCGUCCGUCGUGCUUGCUACGGUGUUCUCCGUUUCAUCAUGGAGAGCGGUGCCAAGGGUUGCGAGGUUGUCGUUUCCGGAAAGCUCCGUGCUGCCCGUGCCAAGUCCAUGAAGUUCACUGACGGAUUCAUGAUCCACUCCGGUCAGCCCGCUAAGGAAUUCAUCGACUCCGCCACUCGCCACGUUCUCCUCCGCCAGGGUGUCCUUGGUAUCAAGGUCAAGAUCAUGCGUGGCUCUGACCCCGAGGGCAAGGCCGGCCCCCAGAAGACUCUCCCCGACUCCGUCACCAUCAUCGAGCCCAAGGAGGAGCAGCCCAUCCUCCAGCCCAUGAGCCAGGACUACGGUGCCAAGGCUCUGGCCGCUCAGCAGCUCGCCGAGCAGCAGCGCCUGGCCGAGCAGCAGGCCACGGAGGGUCAGGAAGGUGCCGGCGCGGAGGCUUUUGCGCAGGAGUAAUCUGGUUUCUUUUCUUAGGCCCUGCUCUUUUUUCUUCGUUCCUGUCGUCCUACCUUGUUUCUUUACCUGACGCAAAUAAACAACUACAUGAUCUUCCAAUGUCUCUCCUCUCGCCGCAUCCCCAACCUCUGCUGCGGAAGGCGUCUUCCAUUCUACGAAUCUGUUCCUGAAAAAGAAAAGAUGAAGAGAAAAGAAUGUUAAUACUAGUGAAAGAUCUGGGUAGGAUGAAACCCAAAAAGAUUGAUGUCCGAAACGAAAAUUUACGGGGCUUCUCCAAAAGAACAAAACAAAAAAGAUUUUUACGGUUCAUAUAUUAUUUUUUUUUCUUAUACUUUUUCCCUCCAUUGGCGUAUGGUGGACUCCAGAUCUCUGGAAUCAACAUAAAAGCAAAAUAUCACGGAAAAAACAUCUUAAACACUCCAUCUCGCAUACGCCGUAAUUUCUUUUUUCUGCCUUUUUGACUGGCCCCAUGCAUACUAUUCAAUCUCGUAUGGAUUUCCUUGACGUCAGAAAUCUACCCCGGGUCCAAGUCGACUACGCAGUACAUAUCAACUGUAAUCUUUUUUUGAAUUUG